AUGGCAGAUGAGGAAUCCCCAGGUAAGCUCCAUCGACAUACUCAGAUUGAGCCCUCCCUGACCAGACCCAACAGUUCCGGUGACUUCCCAGCUUCUUCGCGACCCAAACCAGAUUUCGUCAGCGUCCUCAGUCAUAUCGCACCCUUUGAACAUGGUUUGCGCAGAGCUGGUGUUCUCAACCAGUAUGACUACGCCCGACUCCGUAUGGCCUGCAAGACCACCGCCGAGUUGUUGAAGCCAUAUCCUUACAACCCGCGCAGACAAGACACCAAAGAUCCUUAUUUCGCGGGGCUGCGGGUCACCCCUUGCGAUCAAUGUCAUAUGAUGACUUCUGACAGGCUGCUUGUCAAACCGUGCUAUGGUCAUGGUUGUCCGAACACAGGCGGCACCUCUGCUUGUGGGAAGUUCAUUUGCAUCUCCUGCGUCUUCUCCGCCCACCUAAAGUCGAACCGGUCGAGGAUAUCUGAUGAAGUCCAUUACUGCCGUCCCUGCAGUCAGCGUUUCCACCAAGGCCGCACAGAAUCCCAGGCUCCGAGGCGAUGUCAAUGUGGCUGGAGAGAAAAUGAGGACGUCCGCGACCAACCGUCUUCUGAGUGGCUGUGCUUUGGCUGCAGAUCCAAGCGGAAUGAAAUGCUCCCCAUCACCGCCAGCCACAACGUGCUGACUUUGGAAGUCCAACAGUCGCGUUUCCCUCUCGACCGCGGCCAACCCCCGUCCGCAGGAAACUUGAAAAGAUGGAUCGGCCUAUCUUCCAACAACAGGAAUGACUGCCCAGGUUGUGGGAUAGACUACGCCGCCCUUGGUUGGACCUGGAUGAACUCUGACUCGGAACUUGACGGUGACGAUUGGCCUCGCGACAUGGUUCGGCAGUGCGUGUAUUACCUGGAACCCAAACCGCCGGUGAUGGGAACCAGGAGAAGAAGGCAAGCCAGGAGCCAUGGACCGAGCCCGACAAUCUUGGCAAUAUGGGAUGCCUAG